UGUCGUUGUAAUUGGUGUGGCGACCUUGAGGUAGGCUCCCCAUGCAGGCGCAUCAAGUCACCGGGUUUGCAUUGUUUCAAUAUAACCCAACGUUUCAGGGCUUAAGGCUGGGUUUCCCUGCGACAAAUCCAUUUCCUGCCCUUCGCCCUUGUACCAUGGCCAGCUCUCCCAACGCCCUGCCAAACUUCGCGCAGACUGUACAAGGGCCCACUCUCAUAGGGCUGUUUCUCAACCUCAUCUUAUACGGCACCUUUAUAUCGCAGGCGCAUUUCUACUUCUCCACGUUCAAACGAGAUCAGCGAUGGUUUAAGAUAUUUAUUGCCAGUCUUGUGUUCUUUGAGACCAUCAACUCGGUGUUUGCGAUGUAUUAUAGCUAUGAUAGGCUCGUUAACAACUUUGGAGAUAUGCCUGCUCAGGCGGUUUCAAAUUGGGCUUUUGGUAUCGGUCCUCUCACUAAUGGCAUCAUCGCGAUGUCUGUCCAGACAUUCUUCGCUUGGAGGGUGAAGGUCCUCACGGGCCAGGGUUGGAUGAUGGUCGCGAUCACCUUUCUGUCCGUCGUCUCGUCUCUUGCUGCUAUGGCGAUCUUCUUUGUUGCCGCCAUCCUUAUCCCCAGUCCCACGGUGUCAGCGGCCCAGAUUUUCAGACCCGUUGUCAUCACCUGGCUGGUUGGCUCCGCGCUCGCGGAUACGCUCAUUAGUGCCGUCCUAGUUUUUCAUCUGAGGCAAAACAGGAGCGCAUUUUCUACGACAAAUGAUGCUAUCAAUAGGAUCAUUCGGCUUACUGUCCAAACUGGUGUCAUCACAUCAGUGUGGGCAAUCAUAGACCUUGGUGUUUACCUAGGUGACUCGACCGCCCACCAUGUGAUCUUCAACCUCUCUCUCGCUAAGCUGUACUCAAAUUCUCUACUUUCGAGUCUCAACUCUCGCGAGGGCUGGAAAUAUACAUCGGCCCUAGAUGCCAGUGGGAGAAGCGAGGACGCGACGAGAGGUCCACAGAGGAUAAGGCCGCCGAAUGUCGUCUUCUCAUCGCAAUCUGUUCGGCCUGAAGUAUACAUAGACAUCGAAUCUCACGAGCUGCGCGAUACGUCGGCCGACGCCAAGCGCGCUGCGGACACCACGACGUCAGGCUAUUACCGCAACUCUGACAAUGCUAAACAAUCCGUCACGCUUUGAUUAUUUCUUUUCUCGCCAUUUUCGAUGUACACGUACUUGGCUCCCGUUCGUGAGCUUCGGUCAGGCUCAAGUGUCGAAAAACGUCAUGUAGCAAGGUAAGAGCUCAGGAAUGGGGAGGGUUAUUCGAGUUUCACGACAUCAUGCUGGUACAGGAGGGCGUUGCAUUGGCUUUCGUUGUACAGUGACCCUCGCCCGAGUCGCAAUGGCCCGUCGGGAUUGUCGUCAGCGAUAGGCAAGUCUUAUCCUAUGCAC